AUGCGAUUUUCCAUUCUAAUCACGCUUGUUGCGCUGCUCUUGAUCCAGAGUGAAGCUGCUCAUUCGAAGUUUGUCUGCAACGAUGGUUCGAAGAAAGACGCCAAGUACGGGAUUUGUGUGAGGAAAAUUGUUGAACAGAUUGAUUCCCAUGACCAAAGUCUACCUCCACUAAAAAAUGAUCAACUUCUCGUGAUUGCCGCCUCGCCGAUGGGCAAUGGCUUCACCUGCGCUAAGUUGGAUAUUGCUAAGCGCCCCGUAGAGGCCAGGUAUUGCUGCGACUUCCCUCCGGAACAACACAAGGUCUUGCCUCACACCAAAAAGUACAUCGAUGACCAUUGUUACACUCGGGACGCUAAACGCAAACCUCACCGGGGAUGA